CUAAUCUAUCAGUGUAACGGGAAGCACAGUGCCCUAGAGCGCAUUUACGACGGCUUCCUUUUUUUUUUUUAUUUUCUGACUUUCCCUGGACUAAAUUUAUUCUUUUUUUCCCCAUUUUCCCCCCACAUUUGGAUACCGUGGAGUUCUUUUACAAGCCGUCGAAGAGCAAAAAAGAAAGAAGGCAAAGCGAACUAAAGUUGUCUGACUUAGCUGGGCUAGCUAGUUAGCGGAGUGAACAUGCUAACGCUAAAGGAGCCCUGACAUGUCUUUUAUCUUUUUUAUUUUUUAUUAUUAAUUUUUUUUUUUUAGCAGCACAGGUUAUAGUCAUGGGAUUUAAAAGUUUCUGGAAUUUUUUUUUUUAGCAGCGGUAUUUGGUAAUAUUUUAGUGUUGUAGACUUACCGGCUGUAUACAAAAAAAAAAAAAAAAAAGUGUUCGUUAAAGCGGAGGUGAAAUAGGUGACUGUUGAAAAAGGUUUAAAGGAAAAAUAGCUUUUUAGGAACGUCCCUACAAGCACUGGAUUUUCUUCUUCUUCUUCUUCUUGAUUGCACAAUACGAGGUGUAUGCAUAUGUAGAUUCGUGCAUAUGGAUUGUAUUUUUCUUGAUGUAGCUGUUUCACUUAGUUAGACUUACAUUAUCAAUACAGCUAGCGAGACUUGGAGUAAUAGGUCUUGCUUAUUUGCCUUAUGAUGCGCGAUCCGAAUGUGAAUUUUAAUCUCCUCCAUAAGACCUGCACUCUUGUUGUGCUCCUUUGCUGUCUGCACAUCUUUGUCACUGUAGUUUAUUAUGUCAGAUCGCUGGACUUUAGACAGUCGUUUGUCCAAAACCAGCAGCAAACACACCAAGUCCACAGGAAACUGGAAGAACAUGCAGCAACCACCGAAGAACCAAAGUCAAGCAGCACUUUAGUUUCCAACAGCACUGUUAAAGAAACCCAGCUGGAAAAAUGCCUUGAUCCGUCUCCUGUGCUUGUGGGCCCGCUCCGAGUCGAGUUCAACAUUCCGGUGAGCCUUGAACAGGUGAGGAAUGAGAACCCAGCGCUUAAGGAGGGAGGACGCUUCAAACCCAAAGAUUGCAUAGCUCUGCAGAAAGUGGCCAUCAUCAUCCCCUUUCGAAAGCGAGACGAGCACCUCAAGUACUGGCUUUAUUACCUGCACCCGAUCCUGCAGCGGCAGCAGCUCGACUAUGGAGUCUACAUCAUCAACCAGGAGGGAGACGAGACGUUUAACCGGGCCAAACUGCUCAAUAUAGGCUACGCUGAGGCCCUCAAGGAGUACGACUACGAAUGCUUCGUAUUCAGUGACGUCGACCUCAUCCCCAUGGACGACCGAAACACUUACAAAUGCUUCAGCCAGCCAAGACACCUGUCUGUCUCCAUGGACAAAUUUGGCUUCAGGCUUCCAUAUAACCAGUACUUUGGGGGUGUGUCCUCAAUGAGCAAGGAGCAGUACCUGAAGAUCAAUGGCUUUCCAAAUAACUACUGGGGCUGGGGAGGCGAGGAUGAUGACAUCUUCAACAGGUUGAGCUCCAAAGGGAUGGCCAUAUCCAGACCCAGCGGUGUAAUUGGAAAAUGCAGGAUGAUCCGUCACGAACGGGACAAACAGAACGAACCAAAUCCUCAAAGGUUUGACCGAAUAGCACACACCAGAGAGACCAUGCACUCAGAUGGCAUCAACUCGUUGUCCUACAAAGUGGUGAAAGUGGAGAAGGACCAGCUGUUUACCAAAAUCACAGUGGACAUCGGCAAACCAUAGAACGUACAUCAUUUACAAGAACGAACUCCUAAAAGGUUUUAAAACUGUCUAUCAGGAAGACUGGAUGCAGUAACCAAAUGUGCCUUUUUAGCCGAAUAUACAUUUAAAUUUUAAAAAAAAUAAUCUUUAUCUUUUUGAGGUGAAUUCUAUAUUUUUAAAAGACAUUAGUACUUGGAAAUUUAUUUGCCAUCUUUGCACAAGCGAAGGUGAACUGAAAGGAAGUGGAUGUGUGAAUUGAGGUCAUAUUGGAAAUUUGCAGGUUGGUGUGUGUGUGUGCACGAGUGUGCAUUUCUGUGUGUGUUCGUCAGUGUCUGUUUUGUUUUUUUUUCCCUCUUAAAUGCUCUCACUGAGUUACUAGAGCAUCUCUUGAGCCACAAUUGAUGCAACUUGCCAAGCGAGGCAUUGUGUAAAGAAUGUAAGCUUCUGUGUGUCUGUGUCCUCUUUUCUAGCUUUGCCUUAAGAUCACCUCUUUAGACGCUGAAGAUUUACAGAGGAGUCUGUGCUGGACUUUCUAUCAUUCCAAGUCACGCAAAGCGUUUAAGCCUUCUUAAAAUCCUCAUUCCACUUUUUGUGGCCAGAAACCAAAAAGAAGACUUGCAUUUUGUUUUUUUCUGAAUGUAUCCUCGGUGCUUUACCCAUUUACUGUAAAGGAAUUUAACUCUCUGAAGUAGAGGUGGGUAUUUUAGGAAAAAAAAAAUAUAAAUACUAUCUUGAUACUUUUUGUAAUGCAUAUCAAAAAUGUAAAUUUUUCACUAUUUGAAAAUUUUCAUUGAAGUGUUUACAAAAUAAGCCAUUUAAUAUGGAAAAGGAGAAAUUGCAAUACAAGUCAAUAAGUAGUAAGUAUGACGAUACAGAGUACAAGCAAUAUAAGAACUGACAGCAUGUAUGAGUUAUCAAUAGGAUCUUGACACCUUACUAUAGUGAUAUGGGAGCUGCCCUAAAACUACGAGUUUCUGGUUCAUGAACUUGUUUCUUGUAGUGGUGACUUUUUCCUAGAAGUCUUUGGAGACAUUAGAAUACAAGUUGGGCAUGUAUGUGGUUUCUUUGGUGGGUUUAAAAAAAAAAAGAAAGAAGAAGAAGCAGGAGCUGCUUUUUAUUAAGUAGCGAUCACACACCUUGGCCCUGUUCCAAAAUUUAAAUAGUUCAUCUAUAGGAUGCAAUGAUGAUUUCAUAUAAUUCUUGCAAAUUUUUAUCCACUCUAUUCUUGAGUUAUUGUGCUUAGGAGAAUCUAGUACACACAGGCCCAUGCGUGCACAUAUGCUAGGGUGUUGGGGUAAAAUUCUGGGGUUUUUGUUUGUUUGUUUGUUUUUUCCUCACCAAGAUUUUAUUAUUGGUGAUGCUGGCACCUCUCCGAUACCCAUAAUUUACUUCAGAUAACAACAAACAAGGAUGUUCAUUGCAACAACAAAUUUUCCACAUUUACUCUCAAGUAAAGGUGAUGAUCUCUGAAGAUGAAAAGCAUAUUAUAAUUUAUUAUGCAGCUAAAUAGGAGUUUGGUUUGGGGUGAGCCCCUCGAAAUGUAGUAUAGCUGGCCAUGUGUCUGCAUUUUCUACAUGUGGUUGUUUUUUCUCUCUCUCCGUGAACCACAUCUGAGAAAUAAUUAAUAUAUUAUAAUGCCUUUUUGUUAUUUUUGCUGAAAACUGCGACAUCACUGGGUUCGUGGAAAAAUAUGUCUACUUCUGGUUUGUGCUUAAUUUUUGUCGAAGUCUUUUAUUUUUUUCAGGGUUUAAAAAGUUCAAUACCUGAUUUUUUUUUUUUUUUUUUUUUCUGCUUUUGGACUUCGUUAAGAGGUUCAUCAUGUAUGGUGAAAUGUUCUGUGGACCAGCAUGCUAUGAGAAAACAGAUAUACAUUUAUUUGCUGUGAUCUGAGAGGAAAACAAAGCCAUUAAAAUUGUAUCAGUAGCUUAAGUUUCUUUCUGUUACGCUGCGCUGGUUUGUCAUCAAUAAGCCUUUAAACUCUAGUCUCAGUUCAUUUUCUUCUUGAACCCCAAAACUAGCGGUGUCCUGGGGAUUGUGCCUAAAUUGAACACAUGCACUCUAUGGAUUAUAAUUAUUCUAAUAUCUGUUUGUAUUUCUUUUAUAUUGACAGUAAACUGCUGAAUCACAAAUAGUGUUUCAUUGGAUAGUCAGAAAUCCCAUUCGAACACAAUGCUUUUCCAUACACUGAGCAGUUGAGUGGCUUUUCCAGCUGUUUUUCCAGCUGGGUACGUAAGAAGAAUGUGUCUUGCGCUCAGUUCCAGGGCUUCUGAAUAUUUUCACCUCCCUACUUCCCCCAUUCCAGAACGCCCCAAACCCCAAAGGCUUCAUCAGCGUUUUUUGUGAAGGUUCUCUCAUGCCUCUUAAACUUUCCUUUCUCGUCACUCUCCUGUCAAGCAAAGGUUGCCAUAUUCAGGCAGCCAUCUAAAUUUUCUAUCUGUUUGGACAAUGGCCUGCGAUCCGAGAGUCAGCGCAUAGUUACGGGGUCUUUUUUUUUUUUUUUUUUUUUUUUGCUUGUUUGUUUUCAUCACUCAUUUUACAAAACUUACUUAUGUCAUGCUUUAUUUUGGCAUACAAAGAUGCAGCAACCUUUCAAAUCUCUCUCGAUUUCUGAAUGUUCUGCCUUUCUUAUCGUAUUUCUGAAGACAAAUGUAGUUGUGAUCUUAAAGAAUUAAAUGAAACUGACUUUC